AUGCGUUUCCUCCCCGCCGUCCUCACGGCUCUGGCCGCCCAGGGCGCCGUUGCCAGCUCCUGGUUCUCUAAGGCUGCUUACAACAAGUGGCACGAGACGGAGCUCGAGCGUUGGCUCUCCGACCACGACAUCCCCUACCCCACUCCCGCCGACCGCAAGGAUCUCGAGAAGCUCAUCGAGAACAACUGGAAUGACUACGUCGUCUCUCCCUACAACUCGUGGGACGCCGACAGCUUGCAGAAGUACCUCCAGACCAAGGGUGUCGAGACCGAGAACGCCGCCAAGGCCAACAAGGACUCUCUCGUCUCCCAGGUCCAGAGCACCUGGUAUGAGACUGGUGAUCAGGCUCAGAACGCCUACCUUAGCGUCAAGGACUGGAUCCUGGAUACCUGGACCGACAGCCAGCUGAAGGCUUUCUGCGAUAAGCACGACAUCCCUGUUCCCCAGCCCCGCCAGCGUGACACCAUUCUCUCCAAGGCUCGUUCCAGCUACGAGACCGUUGCUAAGAAGGCUGGCGAGACCGCCGCCUACCCCGGUAACUGGUUGUACGAGACUUGGUCUGAGUCUGAUCUCAAGGAGUGGCUCGACACUCACGGUUUCCCCGCUCCCCAGGUCACCAACCGCGACAAGCUCAUUGCCUCGGUUCGCCGCAACUCUCGCCUUGCUUACCUCAAGGCUCAGGAGCAGGCCGCCAGCGCCUCCGCCUCUGCCCAGCAAGCAUACGCCACUUUGACUGACAUGGUCAUCGACGCUUGGAGCGAGUCUCAGCUCAAGGAGUUCGCUGACAAGAACGGCAUUCCUGUUCCCCAAGGCACCAAGACCAACGAGCUCCGCGCUCUCAUCCGCAAGAACCGCGCCGACUUCCUCAACAGCAACGUUGCUGGCAAGGCCUCCAACGCCUUUGGUGCUGCGACUUCCAACGUCAACCAGGCUGCUGCUCAGGCUACCGAUGGUGCCUCUCGCGCCGCUCAGGAGGCAUUUAACGAGGCUGUUGGCACCUGGUCCGAGAGCCGUCUCAAGGCCUACCUCGACGCCCGUGGCAUUCCCGUUCCUCAGGGUUCCAAGACGGAUGAGCUCCGUGCUCUUGUCCGCAAGAACCAGCACAAGGCUGCUUCCGGCUGGUCUGCCUGGACCUUCGAUGAUUUCUCCGUUGAGAACCUCAAGAAGUACCUCUCUUCCAGCAGCGAUGCUACUGCCAAGAAGGCUGCUGAGAAGAAGGAUGCCUCCCGUGAUGAGCUCCUGAGCGCUGCUCAGUCUGCCUACAGCUCUGCUUCCUCUGCCGGCGGAACCAGCUACGCCUCCGUCACCAGCUACCUCAGUGCCGCCACCGACUCCGCCAAGUCGAGCGUCUUUGACACCUGGAGUGAGAGCGAACUCAAGUCUUACCUCGACAGCUACGGCGUCAAGGUUCCCCAGACUUCCACCGUCGAUGAACUCCGUGCCUACGCCCGCAAGCAGUACACGUACUUCAAGUACGGUACCUCCACUCCCUCUGAGACCCUUCUCGCUAAGAUCGAGGAGAACGCCAAGGGCGCCUGGAACUGGGUUACGAACCAGAUCGGUCUUGGUGCCGACGCUGCGCAGAAGAAGGCUGGCGAGGCCAAGGAGAAGGCCAAGCAGGAGUUGUAA